GGGCUAAAGCAUACCACACCAACCAUAACAUUUCCCCACCCUUCUCCCUCUCUCUCUCUAUCUCUCCCCUCAGCUAACCAUUAUAAAUAAGAGCAUCAACUUGCCUUGGAUUUACCAAGUUCUCUUGGAAGCAGAGCUUUCAUUGUAUAGUUGUUUGUGAGCUUUCCAAGAGAUUCUUCCCACCUGUGGCAAAUAGAGGAGAGAGUGUGUGCGUGCGUUUGUGUGAGAGGAAGAGGAUAUGGAUGUUGAGACAAGACAAAAUUUCAAAGGGGACUCGGUGCUUGCUGAGGUCUCUGUUGAUUGGAGGGGCAAACCCUGCAAGCCCAGUAAGCAUGGUGGCAUGAAAGCUGCUGUCUUUGUUUUAGGCAUUCAAGCAUUUGAAAUCAUGGCAAUUGCUGCUGUGGGGAACAAUCUCAUAACAUAUGUAUUCAAUGAGAUGCACUUUCCUCUGUCGAAAUCAGCAAACAUAGUUACCAACUUUGUGGGAACUAUCUUUCUCUUGUCUCUGCUUGGGGGAUUCCUUUCAGAUUCUUAUCUGGGGAGCUUCUGGACUAUGUUGAUAUUUGGGUUUGUGGAGCUCUCUGGGUUCAUACUACUAUCAGUCCAAGCGCAUCUCCCCCAGCUGAGGCCACCUCAAUGCAACAUGAUGUCCAUAGAAGAGCAUUGCGUGGAGGCCAAAGGCUUCAAGGCCACUAUAUUCUUUAUUGCUCUCUACUUGGUGGCCUUAGGGAGUGGAUGCCUGAAGCCUAACAUGAUCGCCCAUGGUGCUGACCAGUUCGGGAAAGAUGACCCGAAACAGUCUAAGAAGCUCUCUACCUACUUCAACACAGCCUACUUCAGCUUCUGUGUUGGUGAGCUCAUUGCUCUGACCGUGCUCGUUUGGGUCCAGACUCGGUCGGGGAUGGAUGUCGGUUUCGGAGUGUCGGCAGCUGCCAUGGCAAUGGGCCUUAUCAGCUUGAUAUCUGGUAUGGUCUUCUAUAUGAACAAGCCACCUCAGGGUAGCAUCUUUACCCCAUUUGCAAGAGUCUUCAUAGCUGCGAUUACUAAAAGAAAGCAAGUUUGUCCAUCUAGCUCUGAAAUGCUUCACCGGCACCGAAACAAUGCACCUGAUCACCUCGUAGUGAGUGGCCUUCGACACACUGACAAAUUCAGGUUUCUAGACAAGGCCUGCAUCAAAGUUCAAGAUGAUUCUAACAUGGAGGAGAGCCCAUGGAGGCUAUGCACUAUUUCUGAAGUUGAGCAAGUGAAGAUAGUCCUCUCGGUGAUCCCUAUCUUUGCAUGUACCAUUAUCUUCAACACAGUGUUAGCUCAACUUCAGACCUUCUCAGUCCAACAAGGAAGUGCCAUGAACACCCAACUCACGAAAUCCUUUCAUAUCCCUCCUGCUUCUCUCCAAGCCAUCCCUUACAUCAUUCUCAUUGUUCUUGUCCCCAUCUAUGAAAUUUGCUUUGUCCCUCUAGCUCGAAGGCUCACUGGAAAGGAAUCGGGGAUCACUCCUCUCCAGCGCAUUGGCAUCGGCCUCUGCACCGUGACCUUCUCGAUGGUUGCGGCAGCCUUAGUGGAGAAGAAGAGAAGGGAGGUUGCUAUUGGUACAGAUGAGCUUUUGUCCAUCUUUUGGAUAGCCCCACAGUUCCUCAUCUUUGGAGUCUCCGAGAUGUUCACUGCUGUGGGCCUCAUCGAGUUCUUCUACAAGCAGUCAUUGGGUGGGAUGCAGUCCUUUUUGACAGCCAUAACCUAUUGCUCCUACUCAUUUGGAUUUUUCUUGAGCUCGCUUUUAGUCUCACUGGUGAACAAGAUCACCUCAAGCUCAUCAAAGGGUGGCUGGCUCAGUGACAAUGACCUCAACAAGGAUAGGCUGGACUACUUCUAUUGGCUCCUUGCUGCCCUCAGCCUCCUCAAUUUCUUCAAUUACCUUUACUGGUCAAGAUGGUACUCUUGCAUUCCAUCUCUAUCAACUACUUCAGCACAUGGUCCCAAUGGUGAAGAGGACCACCUCAGCUUCAGUUCCUCAAAGCAUGUAGAAGCUGAGAAUAUAGUGUGAAAAGGCUAGCUUCACCACUUUAUUGGUUUUUUUUCUUUUCUUUUUUUUUCACUUUUAUCUUGACCUUGUAUUAAGCUAAUGAAAGGUAGAAUAAAGGAAAGCAUAAAUAUAUGAUCA